CUUUGGAGUUUUGACCACCUUUGUCCUCGCCUCGUUCGGCGUUUUCAUCACGAUCGGAGUGGUCACGGAUAACAAGAGUCAUCACUCCCAGCGUGUGAGGACCUCCAGCAUCGAGGGGCUCAGAGGACAUUUUUUUGGGAAACCUGGAACUUCUCUGGCCGACGUGGUGAAGCCUUCGUAUUUGAAGAGCAGUUGGAGUAAAUUUUGGACCGUGACGUUGCCCUCGAGGAUCAAGAAUUUCUAUGUGGAAGCCUUAUUCGUCCCCGCAUUUCGAUGGGAAUGGGGCAAGUAUAUGGACUGGAGUUUUCGCAGUCCUCCCCGUCUCGAAAAUCAACAAGGCAAAGUAAAAAUUCGGAUCAAACGUCGCCGAAAGACGAAAACCUCGAUAAACGUGAAACUUCCGAAAUACGGGGAAUCCUCGAGCGCCCCGGUCACGGCGAGACCGCAAGUUCACGACCACUCGCAGUGCGCCCUUGUCCGCAUCAACGUGGGCGGACGCCGGUUCGACACCCAGGUUCGGACUCUGCUCCAAUUUCCGGGAUCUCUGCUGGGCGACCCGCAAAGAAGGGCGAGAUUUUAUGAUGCGGAGCGUGAUGAAUACUACGUUGACCGGAAUGCAACCUCGUUUGAAGCCAUUAUGUACUAUUAUCAAACUGGAGGAGUGCUCCGGAGACCGUUUAAUGUCGGGGUGGACAUGUUUUUGGAAGAAUUGAAGUUUUACGACUUGGGCGCAACGGCCAUCGAACGGUACAAGAACGACGAAGGGUUUCUGGCCGAGGAGGAGAAACGCUUGCCAAAAAAUUUGCUCCAGCGGAAACUUUGGCUUUUACUGGAAUUUCCGGAGAGUUCAUUUCAAGCGAGGAUUGUCGCCAUCAUGUCCGUUCUGGUCAUCAUAAUUUCCAUUUUGACCUUUUGCAUCGAGACGAUCCCCGGAUUUGCGGUGGACGUGGACAACAGCGAAGAGAUCGAUUUCCAGGACCCCUUCUUUCUCGUCGAGACGAUUUGCAUUUGCUGGUUCACGUUCGAGUUUGCGACGAGAUUUUUGACCUGUCCCAGCAAAGCCAGUUUUACGAAAAGCUUCACAAAUUUGAUCGAUUUCGUCGCAAUUGUUCCGUACUUUGUGGCCAUGAUUUUCUACAAGACGAGCAGCAGCCACGCCAAAUAUUUGACGAUUCUUCGCGUCAUCCGUCUCGUCCGUGUGUUCCGGAUUUUAAAGCUUUCUCGACAUAAUAAGGGGCUCAAAAUUUUGGGGAAAACGUUGAAAGCGUCGAUCCGAGAGUUGGGCCUGUUGAUUUUCUUCCUGGUCAUCGGUAUCAUCGUUUUUUCCAGCGCCGUCUACUUUGCAGACAUUGACGAAGAGAAUACCGACUUUAAAUCCAUUCCGGAAGCGUUUUGGUGGGCCGUUGUGACAAUGACGACAGUCGGAUACGGGGACGUUUAUCCGCGUUCCCUCAUCGGAAAAAUUUUCGGGAGCAUGUGCGCCAUCGCGGGAGUGCUGACCCUGGCGCUACCCGUGCCUGUUAUCGUGUCCAAUUUCAAUACUUUCUACCACCGCGAAGACCACCACAAAGAUAUGGAUGCCGGAAGUGCGCUGGACGAUUUCACCCACACGGAACAGUGUCCCUUCCUCUCGGGCAGUUAUGACAGGGACGGCUCCGUCAUGGUGGACGAUGUCCCCCAGAGUCCCCACCCCCAGAGGAAAACGUUGACGAUAAAGCUAAGGGGAAGGAAGCAGAAAGUCGGAGAAAUGUCAACUUUACUGAUAAAUCAAAAGAUAAAUUGUCUCAGAUUCAGUGAAUUUUUGAAUUUCUACGAAAUUAAGGUCAGUUUCAGGCAUAAUAUUUACGGUGCAAUUUAAUUUAACGGA